AUAACACAGUUGGGAUGUUUAUGUGGUUGCCGUGGAAACAGGUCAUGAACAGUUUUGUGUUGUCGGUCGUCCUGUGAUUUUAAGGUGGUUGUUAAACUUUAAUACCGUGUGCUGUUGAUGUUUGACUCUCACAUACUUUCCCGUCCUUUUCCUUUCAGAUCAAAAUGGACCCUGAGAUGGACACUCAGCUGAAGAUCGGCUUCAUCGGUGCUGGGAACAUGGCCUUUGGCAUCGCUAAGGGCAUCUUGUCUGGAAAUGUUCUCCCUUUAAACAUCCGAGUGAGCGCUCCCUCCUCAAGGAACCUCGGACGCUUUCAGGAGCUCGGGAUUCCCGUCACUCACUCCAACGUAGAGGUGGUCUGCGGCUCAGAUGUGGUUUUUGUGGCGGUCAAACCUCACCUGGUUCCCCGGGUUCUCAGCGAGGUCUCACAAUUCAUCACUGACCGUCACAUUAUUGUGUCUGUCGCUGCAGGAGUGACUCUGGCAACACUAGAGGAGCUCCUGCCAGACAAUGCAGUCGUCAUCAGACUGAUGCCAAAUCUCCCGUGUGUGCUUCAAGAGGGGGCUCUCCUGUUCACGCGCGGGUCCCGAGCAAAAGACGAGGACGCAGCUCUGCUUCGCACCUUGCUGCACCGCUGUGGUUUGGUGGAGGAAGGACCCGAAGCCUGGAUCGACAUCCACACGGGACUGAGCGGGAGUGGAGUCGCCUUUGUCUAUCUGUUUGCUGAAGCGCUGGCAGAAGGAGCUGUUAAAAUGGGCAUGCCGGGUGUUCUUGCUCACAGAAUCGCAUCUCAGACUAUUUUGGGUGCUGGGAGAGUGUUACGUGAAUCCGGGAAGCAUCCGGCUCAGCUCCGCUCUGAGGUCUGCACCCCGGGGGGAACAACCAUCUACGGGCUUCACACGCUGGAGCAGGGCGGACUGAGGGCGACCACCAUGAGCGCCGUGGAGUCUGCCACCGAGAGAGCCAGGGAGUUCGGCCGAAAGUCGGGGAGCAAAAAAUGACACUUACCUCUUUGGCCACCACUCAAAAAGGACUCAAAAUAAACCUCACAAUGAACUUAAUUAUGAACUCAAUCAAUCAGCAUGGAACGCUAAGACUAAAAAAAGGACCUGUGACCUUUUUUAAUGAAGUUUCCCUCUCAGACAAGUUCAGUUCAUUCUCCUUUUUCAUGGUUUAGCCCACAGAGAUGAGCUGUGAGCAAAAAGGAAAUUUUGGCUUAAACUUGACUUUGACUCAGAAAAGUAAAUUAUUGGAUGAUAACCUUGUAAUUUAUUUAAAUAGAUGGCAACUUUUACAUGCUGGCUAAGAUCUAAUCUAAGUGUUAAGGCACAAACAGGACCGUGUCACCCACAUGUCAUGUACACAUAGUUCAUCACAAUAUAGCCUUCGACUACAGUAGAAACAUGGACGCAUUAGAAUCAUGAAACCAUUCGACAAAGAGUCAGUCAGACCAAAAAGCAACUUUGAAAACCUCAAAUGUGAUUGAAUGCCUUAGUAGUAGACACGAUUGGUUGAUCAUUUGCAGGUGAUGUGGGCGGUUGUGCAGCUGCUCUUGAAGAUGUUAACAUCUGGACGUUGACUGAAUCCUUAAUGCAAAGUGUGUAGAGUUUUCAUAAAGUGUCAAAUGAACCAUC